UUGGAGUAAUUGGCAUUGGUGGCGUUGUAUUCACAAAACAUAUGAUCGAAAUCGAACAUCAAACAAUCAUUAUCACAAAAUCCUGAUCACAUUAUAUUUUUCGUUCCCGUCACAAAAAAUCUUCGAGGAAGUGAUUUUGUUGAUGAAAAAUAAUCAACAGUAUUUUGUUGUUUUAAAUAAUUUUUAAUUGAAAUGGCAAACGAUGCAUUAUCAAAAUUUCAAUCAGAGAAGAUAGUGCCGACUCUGAUAUCAACAGCUCCUCGGAGUUUUCUUCCUGUGGAGUACAACGGAAUACAAAUUGAAUUUGGACAAGAAUUAACGCCAACGCUGGUGAAAGAUAUACCAAAAGUUACUUGGAACGUGGGCGAUUCCGAAUAUUAUACACUUUGCAUGGCUGAUCCCGACGCAAGACUAAGCCUCGAUGUGCCACCAUUCCAAGUUCUCCAUUGGCUAGUAACAAACAUUCCUGGAAAUGACAUUGAUAAAGGUGAUAUUUUGGCAGAAUAUCGAGGCUCGGGACCGCCCAAAGGCACAGGUCUCCAUCGUUAUGUGUUUCUGCUCUUCAAACAGCCGGAAAAACUUCAAUUCGAUGAGAAGUUUAUUAGCAAAACCACACGAACUGGCCGUGUUAAUUAUUCUGUUCAAAAUUUUGUCGAUAAAUACAAGCUCGGUAUACCUGUUGCUGGUAACAUGUAUCGAGCAGAGUAUGACGAUUAUGUACCGACACUCUACGCUACAUAUACCGAUUAGUUCUGUGUACCGAAGCAAGCAACUUCAUGAUAUUUUAUUUCGCGUUAUAGCUCUAAAAGGCUUUUUAUCUCGAUAACAUUAAUGAGUUUUUGUUAUAAUUUAUAAUGACAUUAUAAAUAUAAAAUCCAAUAUCCCUCUUCCUUGUUCAGUAGAACGCAAAAAGUAACGGAAGGUUUAUAUUUUUACAGACAAAUAUGUGAAAAAAUAAAAUAAGUAAUAAUUGUUUAUGGUAACAAAGUAAUAAUUGUUUAUGGUAAAAAGGUUCAUGGAUAUAAUUUUUCAUAAAAAAAAUCUAUUAACUAAAUUCAACACUGAGUAGCGUUACACAAAAAUAAAAAUAAAAUGAAGAGAAAUAGCAUUUUUAUAUCUUAUACUGGGUAUUCUUGGAUGUUGUUGCUAAUUGAAGAUUAAUAAAAAAAGAUUUACUUUAAAUUUUCAUUAAUUUAAUGAUCACAUUUUUACAAUACCAUGUUUACAUCAAUAGACAUCAAGAUCUUUGAAACAUGUUUUUAUUUUUCGCGUCUAUUUUGAAAAAUCCAUAUACUUAAUUAUAUUAACAAUGAAUUGAGACUUUGUUUAUCCGUUUCUUUAAUUUUAUUCCACAUUAACGACCAGAAUUAAUGGAUUUGCAUUAAAUGACAGUAUUCCUAGUGAUUCUUAAUGGUAUGAAAAAGAAGUGAUAAAAAACGGCAUAUACAAAAAAUUGUACUUCGAAUUACAGUGGUGGGUAGAACUAUUUUUAAAUGUUACAGUGGUAGUAUACGUACAAUAUUAAGCUUCAUUCUACGUGUAUUAAACAAUUUAAGAAUCAACUGAAUAAUCCAUUCAGCUAACAGGAUUAAUUACACAAAUUUUUCUUCUGGAUAUUAACUGCGAAAUUAACAUAUUUAUAAAGAAUAAGGUAUUCGUAAUCUAUACA